AUGGUGGAACACGCCUGUAGUUUUGUGGAAAGCUCCUUCCACAUCAUCAAGGGUGCCGCUUGCACCGCUUUCUCCAUUCCUACUGCAAGGACUACAAAGUCGAUUAAGAGAAUGGCCAACAAUUCUGGAAUCAUCACCCUGGGUAAGCUCGCAAGAAUGCCCUCAGAGAGCGAUUAUAACCUCUUUAAGCAACUUAUAAGACAAAAGCUUGAUGAAAAUGCCCAGUUCAAGGUUCUCUUGAUGGAUCGUGAGCUUGCGGAAUCGGUUUACGGGGAUUCCAUGUAUGAUGAAUUCCUGGUUCCAAGCUCAAUUAAAAGGCUUCGUCUAGUCAUACUUGAUGAGUGGAAUAUAAAUGCAAACAUACACAAAGUACUUCGUUCCACAGGUCUAAUUCAAGACAUUUCAAUUAAAAAGUUAAAUUACAAGGAUGAGCAUAAAUCGCUUGACAUUCACUUUAAUGUAACUCCCGGGGAAGAGAUUUUGUGUGAAGAAAAGGAGGUCACCUGUGAAGAUGAGUGUCCUCCAAAGGUAAACGUUCUGCCCCCCGGAGAAGUGGAAUUGGAUUACGAGAGCUUUCAGGAUAUUUUCAGCAAUGCUAGUGCUCCCAAGCAGGGGAAGUCACCAUCUGACCUCAUUGAUUAUAACAAACUCACUGUAAAGUUUGGAUGUACCCUUAUAAAUCAACAAAUGCUUGAUAGAAUGCAGAGUUUGAUAGACGUGCCAUUGCACCCUUUUCUUCGCAGAGGUUUAUUCUUUUGUCACAGAGGUCUAGGGGAACUUCUUGACGUAUAUGCAAAGGGCGGUACGUUUUUUGUUUACACUGGAAGAGGCCCAUCCACUGAAGCAUUGCAUUUGGGCCACCUGGUCCCGUUCAUGUUUACUUGCUGGCUACAAAAGGCCUUUAAGGUUCCAGUUAUGAUUAUGCUCUCUGAUGAUGAAAAGUUUGUGUUUAGAGAGGAACUAGAAUACGACUAUGUGAGAAGGAUUGCCCUGGAAAAUGCAAAGGACAUUAUAGCCUGUGGAUUCGAUCCUGAUUUGACCCUGAUCUUUAGAAACACAGAUUAUGUAAAUAACCUCUACCCGAUAAGUCUGCGCAUGCAAAAGAAGACACCAUUCAAUCAGCUCAGAGGUACCUUUGGAUUCGACUAUUCAUCAAACGUUGGAAUGAUUUCCUAUCCAACUCUAGAAGGAGCCGCUGCAUUUUCUCAUUCGUAUCCAACUAUAUUUGGUAAUAGGAAGGAUGUAAUGUGUCUAGUUCCACAGGGAAUUGACCAAGACCCAUUCUUCCGCCUAACUCGUGAUCUAGCUCCACGUCUAGGUUUGCAUAAACCAUCAUUGAUUCACUCAAAGUUCGUUCCAUCGCUCUUGGGUGUAUCUAGCAAAAUGAGCUCCUCUCUGGAAGGUUCUGCUAUUUUUGUUACGGAUGACAGAAAGACCAUACACAAAAAAAUACACAAAUAUGCCUUUUCAGGAGGCCGUGCCACUGCAAAGGAACACAAGGAACUAGGUCCGGAUCUAUCGGUUGACGUCUCUUAUCAAUAUCUUUGCUAUUUGCUUGAAGAUGAUAAGUUGCUCGAGGAAAUAACACAGAAAUACUCUUCGGGAGACAUGCUCACCGGAGAGCUUAAAAACCAUCUUGUUGAUGUCAUUGUCCCAAUCAUUGAAAAACAUCAGGAACUACGCAAAAACGUGGAUGACGCAAUGUUGGCUAGGUUCAUGGAUCCAAACCGUGAAUGCUUUAAACAAUUCAUGGGAAAAUAA